AUGCAGAUUCACGAACGUCUACGCAGUGGAUUCUGCUCCGAGAAGACAAAAUUGAUUACAUUCCGAAAAGUACAGCUUCUCUGGUUCGGCCACCUCGUCCAGGACAACAUAAAACUUUUCAAGGAUGCGUUCGCUGCAGACUUGGGAAGGUGUGGCGAGGAGGCCAAAUUCCUCGAACUGAAUGGCACGCCCAUAAAAAUCAAGAUUGCACUUGAUAAUGUCGAAAAAUGGGCAGUGCCGGAGAAGUCACCAUUCUCUCUGUUCUGGUGGGGCAUGUCGUCUACGAUUAGGAAGAAGGAGCUGAAGGGGACCGUCCUGAUCAUCAGCCCGUUCAACUAUCCCGUCUAUCUGCUCCUGUGUCCUUUGGCAUCCGCGAUCGUCGCCGGAAACACCAUCAUGCUCAAACCAUCAGAGUUGACCCCGACAAUGACGAGCCUGUUGGCUGAGCUUGUGUCCAAGUAUCUUGACCCCGACGUGGUCCAACUCGUUAAUGGCAGUGUUCCGGAAACUACUCGGGUCCUCGAGCUCCCGUUCGACCACAUUAGGUGUAAUGGCCAUGUUGCCCAGAUCGUGAUGACAGCAGCUGCUCAUCACCUCACCCCCGUAACGCUCGAGAACCCGUGCUUUGUUGACCCGAACUGCGAUGUCAAAGUCUCAGCAAAGCAGAUCGUGUGGGGCAGGCUCGUGAACGGAGGCCAACUCUGCUUGUGUCCAGACUAUGUCCUCGUCCCAGAGGGCUUCCAAGACACCUUCGUCGAGGCACUCACGGACGCGUAUAUACAAGGAGCUGCACACCCGACGGACCCGUAUACGUCCGGGCUGGUGACGCGUAUCGUGAACGAGCGCCACAUGGUGCGCCUGAAGGAGCUGUUUGGUCCGAUCCUCGCUGUCGUUCCUGUAAAGGACCUCGAUGAGGCUAUCGCGUUCGUCAAUGCACGCGACAACCCUCUCGCGAUCUAUAUCUUCACGCAGAAUACGAACGUCAAGAAGAAAGUUCUCGACAACACCCAGAGUGGCUCGGCCUCCGUAAAUGAAGUGAUCAUGCACUGCCAGGCGUAUGGCAUGCCAUUCGGAGGGAUUGGCGCGAGCGGUACGGGCUAUAUGACGGGUAAGUAUGCGUUCGACACAUUCACACACCUGCGAAACACCGUGGACAACCCAUACUGGACCGACUCGACGGUGCUGUCUGCACGGUACACGCCGUACAAGAUCAGUCGCAUUCGCAUAUUAUAG